AUGCCGGACGGCCCCGAAGACACCGGGGCAGAGGCCUCGGAUGCCAUGUCAGAUAAUGACCACGAGUACGACGCCGACACGCCCGUAAAAGACGACGACGACGACAAGAUGGCUGAAUCCCACGAGAGCGGCGCCGACACCAAUGGCGAGGUCAAGAAGAAGUAUGAUCCCAAGGACCCUUCACGGCCGAGGAGGAAGAAGGCUCGCCGGGCGUGCUUCGCCUGUCAAAGAGCCCACCUGACUUGUGGAGAUGAACGACCAUGUCAGCGAUGCAUUAAACGUGGACUCGCAGACGCUUGCCAGGACGGCGUCCGCAAGAAGGCAAAGUAUCUUCACGAUGCUCCGCCAGAGGCCCUCCGGCCCGUAUUAGGACCCAACUUCAACCCAACGGCCGCGCCGACCCGUCCCAACGGCCAGCGGCAUCACAGCGGCACCUCGGACACGGCCUCCACCGCAGGCAGUACCUACUUUGGCCAAACCUCGACGGCAUCCUUCCCCGUCUACUCCGGGCAGCAGACAUCCGUAGGGAUUCCCGAGAGCCUACCGUUCCAAGCGCAACCGUCACCGAUAUCACCGUCUUUCCCACAACCGAGCAACCCCGCGCGGUCCCUCGCCGGCAUGAUCUCGCCCCAGGUCGCCAGUGACCCCUUUAAUACGUUGUUUGACCCCAGCAACCCGGCAAUCUUCAACUUUGAUCUGGAAGGGCUCAACUUUGGCAGCCAAUACGGCGCCAUGGAGUUUGGCAUGCUUGGCCACAUGUCGUCCGGCGCGGCCGAGACACCGCCGCGCGACGGGUCCUUAUCCGGACCGGGCGGUGAAGUCAAUUUCGGGUCCACAAACGUCUUUAGCAACGGCAACAACCAGUUUGGCCAAGUUUACGAUAGCGGUAUGAUCAACGAUUUCAUGGGUGUAGACCAGUCUUCCAACGGCAUGUACCAACAAGGCAAUUUGCAACAUGGCCUCCCACAUGCCUACGCCAUUGCUGCUGGCCCAACAAGCCUACAUAGUCCCGGCACAGACCAGACAGCCAGCCCGCAACCUACUAACUUUACUUUUGAAGGAUCUCCGAGUGGGAACUUUGGCACUGCUGGAAACUCUCAGACUAUAACCGCCCCGAGUCGCCCCAAAUCCAAACCUGGACAAGCUCAGAAAAGCGGACCGCACACACUCCUGGGCAAGCGGCAGCGCGACCCGUCAUCCAUCUACGAUACCGUCAAGGAGCCGUAUCCGUACCUGGCCGGCUUCCACGCCCUCAUCGACUACCUGCCAAAACGCUUCUCCGCUAACCGGACGUUACGCAUCGCCAAGGCACUCGCCAGCAUUCGCCCGUCAUUCAUCGCCUGCACCAAGACGCUCAGCCGGCAGGACCUUAUCUUCAUGGAGAAGUGCUUCCAACGGACCCUGUUCGAGUACGAGGAGUUUAUGCACCACUGCUCCGCGCCGACCAUCGUCCUGCGCCGCACGGGCGAGAUCGCCGCCGUCAACAAGGAGUUCAUUGCGCUGACCGGGUGGACCAAGGACGUCCUCCUGGGGAACGAGUCGAACCUGAAUGUCAACACGGGCGGGGCGGGAUCUACCACCAACAGCGGCCGUAACACGGGCCGCGCCGGCAUCUCGACGCCCAAGCCGCCCUCCUCGACGCUCGACCAGCUCAGGGGCGAGGGCGGAUCACGCAAGCAGCCCGUCUUCAUCGCCGAGAUCCUCGACGACGAUAGCGUCGUCGAGUUCUACGACGACUUUUCGCACCUCGCGUUCGGCGACAGCCGCGGCAGCGUCAACCGCACGUGCCGGAUCCUCAAGUACCGCACCAAGGAGCAGGCCGAGGCCGCAGUGUCGACGGACAUGGCGCCGCAGCAGGACCCGCGCAAGAGCAUGCUCAGCAACCGUGUCACCCGCAUCGACGGCGAGCACGGCAUCUCCAAGAUCGAGAAGGACGGCAAGGUGGACUGCCGGUAUUGCUGGAUGAUUAAACGAGACGUAUUCGAUAUCCCCAUGUUGAUUGUGAUGAACUUCCUUCCAUGCUAUUACCCGAACAAAGAACCGCAUGGCCUGGCAGUGUAA